GAGAUACACCAAUCAGAAGCGCGCUACUCUUUGUUGUUGGUUGACGAAAAUAUUGUUGUUGCUGGCGCUGUGAAGGCUGCGGAGACUCGUCGGUGGCGGAAGGGCAGCGAGCACCGGGCUGAACGGGUUUAACGGGAUCCUUUGAUGUUGAGCGGUGGACGGGUGGCGCAGCGGGGAUGUCGGUGAACAUGGACGAGCUGAGGCACCAGGUCAUGAUCAACCAGUUUGUUUUGACGGCCGGAUGCGCCGCGGACCAAGCGAAGCAGCUGCUGCAAGCGGCCCACUGGCAGUUUGAGACGGCCUUGAGCUCCUUCUUCCAGGAGGCCCACAUGCCCCCCCACCACCACCAGAUGAUGUGCACCCCCAGGAACACCCCCGCCACACCGCCCAACUUCCCCGACACCAUCACCAUGUUCUCCAAGCUGCGGGCGUCGGAAUGCCCCCCUCCCUCCUCCCAGGCGCCAUCCAUGGCCUGCUCCCCCCCGGCCCCCUCCCCGGGAUUCGGCUCCUUCUGGGCCUGCUCACCGCCGGGCCACCAGCCGGCCUGGCUGCCCCCGUCGUCGCCCACGGGGCACCACCUGCACCACCACUUCCACCACCUGCCGCAGACCCCCAUGUGGCCCCCGGCCGGCUCCCAGCCUGGCGGGGCCACGCAGACCUCCGUUGUGUCGGCGCUCCACGGCCAGAGAUGAGGUGGCGCUGUUUUGGGAUGGUGGUGGUGGUGGGGGGGGAGGGGGGUGGAGGUUUGGUGGAGUUGACGAGAGGAAGUGGAACAAAAAAGACAGUUUUCCUCUGUUUUUUUCUGAACUGAAGACACAGCUAAAGAAACUCGUUAGUGGUCAAAGGAUGGAGAAGAAGGUGGAGGUGAUGAAGGUGGGGGUGAGGACACAGAGCAGCAUGAUGGUCUUCAUCAUCUGCUCAAAUGGACCCAGCAGAGCUCAUUUCUUCUUCUCUCGUUCGUAACCAGUCCGACAGGAAGUAACCAGCAGAAAAAACACCAGAGGGUUUGAGGUUGAAAGACCUCAGAGGUCAUCGAUGAGGUCAUCGAUGAGGUAAAUUGAUGAGGUCAUCGAUGGGGGAAACCUUAUAGACUCACCUGCAUAAGGAAAUAUUCUGUCUGCUGCUCAAAAAAAAAUGUAACGGCGUUUCCCAACCCAAACAAAGAUGGCCGCCGUCUGGGUUCAGCAGCAGCAUGACAUCACUUCCUGUCCAGCCUCUGCUCCUCUGGACUAAUGUCUAAUUUACAAACUUCUGGGAAAGUAGUCAGCAAAGAACCAGCCAUUUAAUAACUAACAGAAAGGUGAUUAAAGAAGUAAUUACUAGUUGGAAGCUUCUAUUGUUGAAUUAAAUCAAAUUAAAUCAUUUCUGAAAUACAAACUGUCACAAUACUUCAAGCCAGAUUUGUUGGCGUUUACCCUUUAAAAAUAUAUAUUUUCACUGAAGCUUUCCUUUAAUACAAAACGUAAUUGAAUCAAAUUCAUUUGUUUAUUCAAACAGACUUUUUUAAAGUUGUUUUUUUUGAGGGGUGAUGACUGAGUGGAAGAUAAUAUUCUAUUUCAAUAUAUUCAUGUUGUUUUAUAUUGUUGAUGUAAAUCACAUUCUGGAUGGAAGAGGAAAAGGAGAAUAUCAUUAUUUCAUGUGAAUAGAAGAGUUUAAUAUGAACGAUGGCAAUAAUCAUCAGAACAGUUUCGUUGUCCUCGGUUCACUUCCUGUUUGUUGUUGGGUUUUUUCUAAUGGGACUGUCCUACCUCGAACCUCUCGGGGUUCCCUCUGCAGCCAGAGGAGAACCUCCACUUGCUCGUGAGACCCUCGGCAGCAGCAGCGUGUCCAUCAGGAGCAGAUGUGUCACACCUCUGGACUGAGGCUCAGAACCCGUCGCCACAACAGUGAUGUCGAGGUGUUUUAUUUUCAUGUUUUUCCUCCAGUGAAACAUCACAAUAAAAACAAUACAUUGUU